GUGAGUUACUUAGUCUUUCAUUCAUCAGCGUAAAAAGAACUGAGUUCAGGUCGCAGGUCUCCUCCAGGGCGGACAUUAUCGUGUGUGCUGUAGUAACCUCUCAUCGUGUGGAGGCGUUCACUUAGUGCGUAUUGCUCCGGCGCGCUGCGUGACGCUAAGGAGCCUGAGGUCCGCGGUCCGUUGCCCGCCUGGCUGUCCUGUGGCGGCGGGAGCGGUGUGUGUCGGACCGUAGGGCGGCCUCACGGCUAGUUUCAGGACUGUGGGGGCGGGGACGGUGCCUGUGUCUGUAGCGGUCGCCGGUGUCCUCGUGGUCCUCAGCAGGGUGCUGGUGGACAGCUCGCGCGAGGGCCCGGGAGUCUCGGAAACACUUUCUGGCGCGGUCUCUGGACUGAGCGCUGGGACCCGGACCGAACCAGCCGCGCUUGCCUCUGGAGCUGGACUAGCGGACUUUCAUUAGAAUUGUGUUUCAGAAAGAAGAAACUACAGUUUUAGCAUGCAGAAAGGAAAAGGGAGAACAAGCCGGAUCAGAAGACGAAAACUUUGCAGAAGUUCUGAACCAAGAGGAGUGAAUGAGAGCCACAAGUCUGAAUUUAUAGAGCUAAGGAAGUGGCUGAAAGCUAGGAAGUUUCAAGAUUCAAACUUAGCGCCUGCUUGUUUUCCAGGUACAGGAAGAGGGCUGAUGAGCCAAACAUCCCUGCAGGAGGGACAGAUGAUUAUUUCGUUGCCUGAGAGUUGCCUGCUCACCACGGACACAGUGAUUCAAAGCUACUUAGGGGCAUACAUUACUAAGUGGAAGCCUCCUCCGUCUCCUCUGCUGGCGCUGUGUACCUUUUUAGUUUCGGAAAAGCAUGCUGGGGACCGAUCUCUUUGGAAGCCUUACCUGGAGAUUUUACCCAAGGCCUAUACCUGCCCUGUUUGUUUGGAGCCGGAAGUGGUGAACCUUCUUCCCAAAUCUUUAAAAGCAAAGGCUGAAGAACAGAGAGCCCAUGUGCAGGAGUUCUUUGCUUCCUCCAGAGACUUUUUCUCUUCUCUGCAGCCUCUGUUUGUGGAGGCUGUUGACAGCAUCUUCAGCUACAGUGCCCUGCUGUGGGCUUGGUGCACCGUCAACACCAGAGCCGUGUACCUGAGGCCCAGGCAGCGGGAAUGCCUUUCUGCAGAGCCGGACACCUGUGCGCUUGCUCCAUACCUGGACCUGCUGAAUCAUAGCCCACAUGUCCAGGUAAAAGCAGCAUUUAAUGAAGAAACUCACUCUUAUGAAAUUAGAACGACUUCACGUUGGAGAAAGCAUGAAGAGGUAUUCAUCUGUUACGGCCCUCACGAUAAUCAGCGGCUGUUCCUGGAAUAUGGAUUUGUUUCCGUCCGUAAUCCUCAUGCUUGUGUUUAUGUCUCAAGAGAAAUACUUGUUAAAUAUCUUCCAUCAAGAGAUAAACAGAUGGACAAAAAGAUUUCUAUUCUAAAGGAUCAUGGCUAUAUAGAAAAUUUGACAUUCGGAUGGGAUGGACCAUCUUGGAGGCUACUCACAGCCCUUAAGUUGUUAUGUCUGGAAGCUGAAAAAUUUACAUGCUGGAAAAAAGUGCUUCUUGGGGAAGUAAUUUCAGAUACGAAUGAGAAGACGAGUUUGGACAUAGCCCAGAAAAUAUGCUAUUAUUUCAUAGAAGAGACUAAUGUUAUGCUUCAAAAGGUGUCUCAUAUGAAGGAUGAAAAAGAGGCCCUAAUAAACCAACUAACUUUGGUGGAAUCCUUGUGGAUGGAAGAGCUAAAGAUUCUCAGGGCAUCUGCCGAGACCCUGCACAGUUUGCAAACAGCUUUUACCUGAUUUCACCAAAGUGUGUUUGGUCACCUCCUCUGAAACAGAAGUUAAUUUGAAGAACGUCAUGGUGGGCUGGGGCGGUGGCCGCUCCCAGGACGUGCAGGAUUUCUGCAGGGGGCAGCACAGGUUCUGGGACUGUGAGGCUGUGAGUGAAGGUGGACAAGCUGUCUGGAUAGCACGUCUAUUGCUCUUCCGAAUAAAGUGCUGAACUGUGAGGAGAGAGGCGGACUGCUAGGGAGCCAGGAGCCAGCUGUGUCCGUGUGUGGUCUGUCACCACAGGGCCUGCUUCUUAUCUGACACAGCAGCUCUCAGAGUCUAGCGGUUGUGCUUUUAAGAUGCUCUGAUACCGUUGGGUUAAGGGGCAGGUUGGUGGUGGGUGGCUUUGGGCAGUGGGUGUGGGGAAGCGUGAGGUAGUCCUGGGUUCCCACCAGGGUGGCCCAGCCGCCAGCCCUUCCCUGUGUGACUGCACUGAGGUGGGCGUUGAAGAGUCCCCUAGGGGACACAGGGCUUCCAGGAGGAGGGAAUGUCCUCUAAGCAUGCUCCUGGCCUCCCAAGGCGGCGCUUGUCUAAUUAUUCACUUGGGAAGAGUGACUGGCUUAGCCAGCGGCCGUUUCUGCUUUGUUCUGGCGGCUGUCCUGGGCAGGCCUUCCAACCUGGGGAGCUGGCCCAUCCGCGGUGGGCCUGUCUGCUUGAUUCUGGGGUUCAGUGUAGGUCAGCUGAUUGCAAACCACGGCGGUGGUUUGGCCUCUGUUCUUACUCUUGAGUUUUGAUCCUGCUCAGACCCUGGGUGGGGAAAAGGGGAUGCUUCCUGCACAGCUCUCAGCUGCCUGUGGCCUCGGGACUGCCUGCGUAAGUAACACAGGGGCUGCUGGUCGUGUUCAGGCCCAUGCCAGGGACGCUGCGUAGACAGUGUUGCCCAGGGUCCUGUUUACCCUCCCAGGGUUCAUUCUUCCCAAGAACUGAAAUUCCUUUCUCACUGGAGCCCAGCGAAACCAAAUGAACGGGGCCUGCUGGCCUCAGAAGGCAGGCAGAGUUUAAAAUAAAACUUUCUCAUGAUUUCUUGAACAUCUUUCCCUGUUUGUAUAUACAGUUAGUGUUUAUGUUUCAACAGUUGCAGUAUAUUUCUUUUUUUCUAUAUUCAGUAUAAUGCAGUGUAUUUCAUCAUAUGCUGUAUGGAGAGUGGGCAGACUCUUAUGUGGAGGGCCUGGUAGUAACCAUUUGAAGCUUUCUGGACUUGUGGCCUUAGUCCCAGCAAUUCUGCAGAGCAGCUGUCGGCAGCAUAUCAACCACUUGCAAGGCUGGGCUCCCGGGAAACUAUUGACAAUGACAGGUGCUGUGCCAGAAUUUCUUUCUCCUCUUCCCUGUGAAUGCACCUAAAUAUGUUAAUUCCUUUACAUCUUUCAAAAUGGACAGCCCCUUGAACAUGAAAAACUUUGCAGACCCUA